GCUGAAAUUUGUCGCCUUCACGGGUCAACUCGCUGGGUCCCGAGGAUGCAGUAGUAACUUUUGUUCGAUCUUUUACUGUUGUUUCUGGGAAUAACUUGUGAUUGUUGGUGAUGGGUUGGGAUCGAAUUGAAGGGUUGGAUUUGGAUUAUAUGUACUCAUCUCCUCACGCGGUGGAAUUGCUCUUCGUUUUCUGGGUUUUUUCGAUCUGAGGAAGGCAGAGAAUCUGAAGAUUUUGCAGAAUGAAGGCUCUUAUUCUCGUUGGAGGAUUCGGGACCCGAUUGAGGCCGCUGACGCUCAGCAUGCCUAAACCACUGGUUGAUUUCGCUAACAAACCGAUGAUCUUGCAUCAGAUCGAAGCGCUUAAAGCAGCUGGAGUGACUGAGGUUGUAUUGGCUAUCAACUACCAACCAGAGGUUAUGUUGAACUUUCUGAAAGAAUUUGAGAAGAAACUCGAGAUAAAGAUCACAUGUUCUCAGGAAACUGAACCACUUGGAACAGCAGGGCCUCUUGCACUUGCUCGGGAUAAGCUGUUUGAUGAAUCUGGUGAACCUUUCUUUGUUCUCAACAGUGAUGUUAUUUGUGAGUAUCCAUUGCAAGAGAUGAUCGAAUUUCACAAGGCUCAUGGUGGUGAAGCUUCAAUCAUGGUAACCAAGGUUGAUGAGCCAUCCAAGUAUGGUGUGGUGGUUAUGGAAGAAACUACAGGAAAAGUCGAAAAAUUUGUGGAGAAGCCGAAAAUUUUCGUGGGCAACAAGAUAAACGCCGGGAUUUACCUCCUGAAUCCAUCUGUUCUGGGCAGGAUUCAGCUCCGGCCGACAUCAAUAGAGAAAGAGAUAUUCCCAAAGAUAGCUUCUGAGAACAAGCUUUAUGCUCUGGUGCUGCCUGGUUUCUGGAUGGACAUUGGUCAACCCAAAGAUUACAUCACAGGACUCAGAUUUUACCUCGACUCGCUGAGAAAAAAGGCAUCCCCAAGGCUGGCAACCGGGGAAAACAUCAUCGGGAAUGUUCUGGUGGACGAGAGUGCGGUUAUAGGAGAAGGGUGUCUUAUCGGUCCCGAUGUGGCUAUCGGUCCCGGAUGUGUGAUUGAGUCUGGUGUAAGGCUGUCUAGGUGUACGAUAAUGCGAGGGGUUCGGAUCAAGAAACAUGCUUGCAUCUCUAGUAGCAUUGUCGGGUGGCAUUCAACCGUGGGAAGGUGGGCUCGGGUUGAGAAUAUGACGAUUCUCGGGGAAGAUGUUCAUGUGGGGGAUGAGGUUUACAGCAAUGGAGGUGUAGUCCUACCUCACAAGGAGAUCAAGUCUAGCAUUCUGAAUCCUGAGAUAGUCAUGUGAUGAGACAGUUCAUAUUCAUCUUAUUCACUUACUACUUACUCUCUUUUGUAAAACCAGACCACAGCCCUGUUCCAUCCUUUUUUUAAACUUUUUUUGUAUCUAAGGAGUUAAACUCAAGAAACAUUAGCAGGUUUUGAUUGAAACAAAAUGUUAUCAAGUCAGAUAAGCUACAAGA